CACUUAUAGUUCAGCCCAAUUGGCAGUUGAUGGCUUUCAGCAAGAGACCCCAACUUCACUGAACAGAAAAUGAGCAAGCACCUAAUAUAUUGUACUACAAUCCUACGAUACUAAACGGCAGAAGUUAAAUCAUGGCGUCGCCGGCGGCAAUCCAGAGAUCUCAACUUUCCCCAUCUUCCUCCCCCCUCCAGCGUCUUUCCACCUUCAAGAACCCUGCCGCAUCCACUACCACAACCGGAACCUCCACAUCAGCCGCUUCUCCGCUCGAUUCCUUCGCCAAUGACCCAAUCCUUUCCCCUUUCCUCUCUCCCUCAUUCUCCACCACCUCCUUCUCCUCCGCCGCUCUCUCCUCCGGUUCCCCUGCCUCCACCGCCGAGCGCCUUCACAGCGCAAUUCGCCUCCUGGAAUCACAGAUACGCACCGAAGUCCUUUCCCGCCACCCAGAACUCCUCAACCAACUCUCCUCUCUUAAGCAUGCCGAGCACGCGCUCUCCACCGUCCGAUCCGCCGUCGCAUCUCUUCAGUCCUCCGUGCUUCGCGUGCGAUCCGAACUCUCCGAUCCCCACAAAUCCAUCCAGACCAAGACCUUGCAGCUCUCGAAUCUCCAUUCCACCACCGAGCUAUUGCAACACACGAUCCGGGCGCUUCGACUGUCGAAGAAGCUGCGAGAUCUCGCAUCUGCGUCGGAGACGGAACCCGAGAAGCUGGAUCUUGCCAAGGCCGCCCAGCUGCACUGUGAGAUUUUAAGUAUGUGCCAUGAGUAUGAUUUGGUGGGGAUUGAAAUUGUGGAUGAAGAGCUGAAGCUGGUGAGAGAAAUCGGGGAGAGGUUACGAGCCGAGGCGAUGAAAGUUCUAGAGAAUGGGAUGGAAGGUUUGAACCAGGCUGAAGUGGGCACUGGCUUGCAGGUUUUCUAUAAUUUGGGAGAGUUGAAGGUCACUGUGGAGCAGCUGGUGAAUAAGUACAAGGGAAUUGGGGUGAAGAGUAUUGGAGCCGCAUUGGACAUGAAGGCGAUUUCAAUGGGAGGGGGUGGCGGAGGAUUUGGACCAGGAGGGAUCAGAGGGAGUGGAACGCCACAGAUUGGAGGAGGAGCAAAGGCUAGAGAUGGGCUCUGGCAGAGGGUGGGAAGUUGUAUGGAUCAGUUGCAUUCUAUUAUGGUUGCAGUUUGGCACUUGGAGAGGGUGCUCUCCAAGAAAAGGGAUCCAUUCACUCACGCCUUGCUCCUUGAAGAAGUUAUUAAGGAGGGGGAUACCAUGCUGACGGAGCGAGUUUGGGAAGCUUUAGUGAAGUCUUUUGCCAGCCAGAUGAAGUCUGUUUUUACUGCUUCAAGCUUUGUGAAGGAAAUAUUUACUACAGGAUAUCCCAAGCUCUUUUCGAUCAUAGAAAAUCUACUCGACAGAAUAUCACGAGAUACUGAUGUUAAAGGGGUUUCACCGGCUAUUAGUUUAGAAGGAAAAGAGCAGAUGGUUGCAGCUAUUGAAAUUUUCCAGACGGCUUUCUUGACGUUGUGCUUAAGUCGCCUUUCAGAUCUUGUGAAUACUAUAUUCCCUGUGUCAAGCAGAGGAAGUGUACCCUCCAAAGACCAGAUCUCAAAAAUCAUAUCACGUAUUCAGGAAGAGAUUGAAGCUGUUCAGGUAGAUGGGCGUUUGACGCUGCUAGUGUUGCGUGAAAUUGGCAAAGUCUUACUCCUCCUUGCUGAAAGGGCUGAAUACCAGAUAUCAGCUGGCCAUGAGGCACGUCAAAUCAGUGGUGCUGCAACUCCUGCACAGUUGAGAAACUUUGUGCUAUCCCAGCAUCUGCAAGAAAUUCAUACACGUAUAUCAUCCAUUGUUAUGAAACUGCCAAGCAUUGCUGCAGAAGUACUAUCUCCUUCCUUGGGUGUUAUUUAUGGAGUUGCAAGAGAUGCCGUGACUCCCUUGUUCAAAGCAAUGAUUGACCGUCUGGAGUCAUGUAUUUUGCAAAUUCAUGAUCAAAACUUUGGAGUACUUGGCAUGGAUGCUGCAAUGGAUAACAACGCUUCACCUUACAUGGAGGAGUUGCAGAAGUGCGUCCUUCACUUCCGGACCGAGUUCUUGUCUAGAUUGUUACCGUCUUCAGCAAAUGCAAGGAUAGAAACUAUAUGCACCCAGCUUGUUAGGAACAUGGCAGCACGGGUUCUGAUAUUGUUUGUGAGGCAUGCUUCCCUUGUGAGGCCGCUCUCAGAAUCUGGGAAACUGAGAAUGGCUAGAGACAUGGCUGAGCUGGAGCUCACUGUGGGGCAGAGUUUGUUCCCCGUAGAACAGCUGGGUGCACCUUAUCGAGCCCUUCGAGCCUUCCGUCCUCUUAUAUUUUUGGAGACAUCUCAAUUGGCAUCUUCUCCUCUUCUUCAAGAUUUGCCACUGAAUGUCAUACUUCACCACCUGUAUUCUCGAGGGCCAGAUGAACUGUUGUCGCCAAUGCAAAGGAACAAGCUUACACCUCUUCAGUAUUCAUUGUGGCUUGAUUCUCAAGGAGAGGAUCAGAUUUGGAAAGGUGUCAAAGCCACCCUAGACGAUUAUGCAGUAAAAGUCAGGUCAAGAGGAGACAAAGAAUUCAGCCCUGUUUACCCCCUUAUGAUUCAGUUAGGCUCUUCGUUUUUGGAGAAUGUUCAAGGAUCUCGACGUGCGUAAUUAUAUACUGUACCCUGUUUCCAUUUUAUUUUAUCCCUUUCAAGAAAAGUUUUUGUAUGAU